AUGGCUACAGAACGUUACCGACUGACAGAUGUGCUGGCGGUGGCUAAAGUCCACCCGUUCUACAAUCCAGAUGCGGUUUAUCCUGCUGAUGCAGAAGCGAUCCAGGGCCUCCAAGAGCUGACUGACCAAAAUACCAAUACCACUCUCCAGCAACAGCCAUUUCUUAACAAGAAAAUACUGUAUAAGGUUAUUGAGCGACUUGUUCAUGAUACGGACCCACUAAACACAUAUCGGCGAAGUUCUUAUAUGAGCAUCACUGGCGGUGGCUCGGGAGGAAUUCCUAUGAUGUUUGCCGUGGAUGUACAUGAAAAUCGACGGCAAAGAGCUCAAAUGGGAGAUUUUCUCAAAAUUUGUGGCGUGGUUGGGCCCGGGGAUUGGGUGCUAUCCAUCCAUUUGGCGGGAGGUUUCUACAGGUCCCUCGAUCUUACAACGGAGAUCAUGGAAAAUGCUGGAGCUACUGUUUUGAGUGCCGGGAGCUACAUGCCGCCUACAGAAGUUGCUAAAUACCUUGCCGAAUUCCAUGUCAAUGUCUUAACUGGCGAAGGUGCUCAAGUUGUUCAAAUUAUUUACCAUAUCUCGAUGCUCCCUGGGAAUUAUCGCAAUCGUAUCAAUCUGGAGAAGAUCAUUUAUACUUCGGAACCCCUUACUAGCCCCCAGCGAGUGUUCAUCCAGUCCAUUCUGGGCGAUGUCAAGAUCUUCUCCAUCCUGGGUAGUUCAGAAGCGGGCCCCUGGGCAAUCAACAGCCCUGAUCUCACGGGAGAGCACGGCCUUACUGGUAGCAGCACUGAUUUUGUCUUUGACACGCGCAGCAUGCUGAUCGAGAUCAUUUCACCCUCCAACGUGGAUGAUGCAGCUCAGUCUGAUCAGACUCUGGCUCCACAAACUAAGCCGGGCCUAGUUGUGCAGACAUCUCUUCAACGGCUACGUAACCCAUUGGUUCGUUAUAACACCGGUGAUAUUGGCUCUGUUCAUCCCCUUCCAGAUACUGCCUCUGCUAUCGUCCCCGAAGCUGACCGGAAGCAUCUCCGUGUGCUGCGCAUGAAUGGGCGCGAUCAUCGCUUCAGUUUCAAGUGGUAUGGCUGCUAUUUUGAGUUUGAUAAGAUCGAAAGUUUCAUGCAAGCAAAUGAAUUUGGCAUCCUGCAGUGGCAGAUAAUUCUGGACAAACUGGCGACCACGCCGCAAGCAACUUUGGAAGUUCGCUUGCUCAGGCGUCCGCAGGCUGGCGUUAUCUCUGAUGAAGAUGUCAUAGAUCGAGUCAGGGCUUUUUUUAUUGUGUUUCCUGAGAAUGAACACCUCGUGCGGAUUGUGUUUGUGGAUGAUCUCGAAGGGUUUGAGCGGAGCGUUACUGCCAGAAAGAUUAUUAAGUUUGUUGAUCGCUGGAAUCAUUGA